AAUGAUUUUCAAGCAACAAAGUUCUGUGGAGCCCCUGAAGACGGAUCGCGGCUAAAAUCUUCUGUACCGUACGGGAUGUUAGAUACUUUCCAAGGGUAUCCUGGUUCUACGGACUUCUCAAUAUCAAAUCAGUGCAGCGUAGGUCAAUUUCUACAGCACUACGAGUGCUCGAGAUCUGAACCUUAUGUCAUUAUUCCUAAUGCCUGUGUGAAUACUAGUUAUAAUUGCUCACAAAUACCGUAUCAGUCCGGGAUUCCUUAUCAACAGAACUGUUUUUACACUGCUGAUGCAACCAGCACAUACUACUGGAAUGGAAGUUCACAACUGAAUUUAGGAAACGCUGGAUUUACUUUCGCAAAUAAUGAGUCGCACCAGAGUUUUGCUUCCACAGCCUCGGUUUCGCAAUGCGAACCCAGUUUAGAAUCGCACCAUAUCCAGAAUAUUGCACAUAAUUCGGGGAACAUUAAUACAUUCGACACCUGUUAUAACUGCCCCUCCUACGAUUUUAAUGGUUCAGCAUCUUUUUACUUGAAUAUUCUGAAUAUUUCUGAAUUAGCAUAUGACCAGGAAGGGUUUAGGUGGAGAAGGAUUGGCAGUAAUCAAUACACGAACUUUGGUGGCUUACUAGACACUCAUUACGGUAGUACACAAGGACAGUAUUAUGGCAACAAUAGUGGAACUUAUUCGUCAGCGAAUUUUGCAUCUUCGGCCCAAUACCCUUGUGUAAGCAGUCAGCAGUGGUACCCAACUGCUGUUACAUGUGAUAAUGGUGGCUACAGUUUCAUGAACUAUCAAAAUUCCAACUUUUUUCAGUCUUCAGAUUUUACACCUGGGAAUCAGGCAACGUUAGCGACUUUCGGUUCAAUCAACGCUGCAGUGAUUGGUCAAAUCCAUCUAUGGUUUGGCACAGCAAUUACAGUUGAAUUCUUUGUAGAAUGUCAUAUUUAG